AUGGCGUGGGACCACCUCUCGAUCACCAGUGCCCACCUGGUAUACAUUAUCCUUGGUGGCUUCACCUCGAUAUUCAUGCUCUGCUCCUCUUUCAUCAAGGAGCGUAUGUACAUUGGAGAAGCCACUGUUGCCACGCUUUGUGGCAUCAUCUUUGGACCACAUGCCGCAAACUUGAUCGACCCAAAGAGUUGGGGCAAUGUCGACCUCAUCACCCUCGAGUUCUCCCGAAUCGUCCUCGUUGUCCAAUGUUUCGCCGUCGGCGUAGAGCUGCCCAAGUUUUACAUGGAAAAACACUGGAGGUCCGUCAUCCUGCUCCUCCUUCCCGUCAUGACAUUUGGCUGGCUUGUCGUGAGCCUCUUUGUCUGGUGGGCUGUCCCGGCCAUCAGCUGGCUUGACAGUCUGGUUGUCGCCGCCUGCGUCACCGCCACGGACCCCGUCCUCGCGUCAUCGGUUGUCGGCAAGGGCAAGUUUGCCAAGCGAGUGCCAAAGCAUCUUCGAGACUUGCUGUCUGCCGAGUCGGGCUGUAACGACGGCAUGGCCUUUCCCUUUGUCUACCUCGGCAUCUACCUGAUCCAGGAGCACAUGGACGCAAGGAAGACCACCUACCACUGGUUUGUGUAUACAAUCUUGUACGAGUGCAUCUUUGGCGCCAUCUUUGGAUUCACCGUCGGUUACAUUGCCAGGCACGCCAUUCGAGUGGCUGAGAAGCGCGACCUCAUCGAUCGCGAGAGCUUCCUUGUCUUCUACUUUGUCCUCGCCCUCUUCUGCGCCGGUGCCGGCAGUAUGUUAGGCAUGGAUGAUUUGCUCGUAGGCUUCGCCGCCGGUGUCGGCUUUUCGAACGAUGGCUGGUUCCACGCCAAGACGGAAGAGUCCCAUGUCUCGAACGUUAUCGAUCUUUUGAUCAACCUGGCGUAUUUUGUCUUUCUCGGAACCAUUAUCCCUUGGGAGCAGUACAACAACAUUGCCGGCGGACUCACCGCCUGGCGUCUGGUCGUUCUGGCGAUUCUCGUCAUCUUCUUUCGCCGCAUCCCCAUCAUGCUUGCGCUCAAGCCUUUUAUACCGGAUAUCAAGACGUGGCGAGAGGCUUUGUUUGCUGGCCACUUUGGCCCCAUUGGUGUUGGCGCCAUCUUCAUCGCUAUUCUCGCGCGUGCCGAGCUUGCCUACGAGACGGCUGUGCCACUGAGCGACACGCCUCCGACCGAUAUUCCACAUUAUACCGUGGUUGCCUUGAUAUGGCCCAUUACGACGUUCCUCGUCAUUACUUCCAUCAUUAUUCACGGCUCUUCUAUUGCCGUCUUUACCCUCGGCAAACGCAUCAAUACGCUGAGUCUGACAAUGUCUUAUACAACCUCCCCCGAAGACGGCCCGACGUGGAUGAACCGCCUGCCUCGCAUCUCCUCGCAGUCGAGGUCCCAGGCGCGCUCCGUCUCUGAGGAGGACGAACUCAAGAUGCCCGAUUUCCCGCCCGGCACUCUGCCCCCUGUCGGUGUCACCGGGCAGUUCUUGCGUCGGCAGAAGGAAGGCGAAAACGUCAAGCAGGGAAGUCGAUCAUCCUCUGCCCACCGCCGACGGAGAAAGUCGCGUGACUACGGCGUUGGACCUGGCGGACCCGUGUCGCAAUCGGCCAUCUUUCCUUCGACACGGCAGUCAUCCAUGGAGCCUAGCACCCACGGGAAGGACUCUACAACAGACAGCACUCCGCAGACGCUGGUCGAAGGCGACGCCGAUCGGUACGAUGAGAAGAUGGAGCACCACCCAAGCCGCCAGGAAUCACCCCAGGAGGAGGACGAGCAAAUCAAUAUUUACGAAGAGGGCAGCCAUAUUGUGGUGGAAAACCGUGAUGGCGACGUUCUCGCCCUGGAGCCCAGUAGCAGCAGGGGCAAGGCUGUAUCCGAUGAUGCCGAGGCAGCAGCGAGGCCAGCACCAGCACAGAGGUCAGGGUCCAUCGUUAACUGGACCAACUUCAAGCAGACCGUCAGCGGUGUCUACAGGGAUGAGAUGGAGAAGCGCAAAGUCAAGAGCGACCCGAAACACGCACCCGCCCGAGCGUACCAGUUUGGCAACACUAUUGUUAUUGAAGACGAAGCCGGUGAGGUCAUCAAGACGUACGAACUGCCCACGGACAAGCAAAAAGACGGACCCGACCUGCUUCAGCAAUGCCAGAGAUACCUUGGCCUCGGUGGGUCGUCCGACAAAGCCCCUGUGACGCCCGGGACGGAGGGCGAGCCGAGCGCACCGGCGGAGGGGCUCUUCAAGAAGGGCUGGCUUUUCGGAGGUACCAGCGGCAACAAGGCUGCUGCCCAAGAGCUUGCAGAAGACAAGCAGGUUCGUUUCACCAUUGGCGGGGCUGGCAAGCGUAUGACCAAGGACGACUUUAUCAAGGAGAUGCGUAAACUUGACCCCAAAACUCGCCACGACGUCGUCGAACAGUCAUCGGCGCCACCCGCCGUCAAGACGUUGGCUAAGCAGACCGGCAACGCGUCUGGCUGGGACGAGAAGCAACCCGAGCGGCAGCGGCAGCAGCCGCAAUUGCCUGAAGAAGCGGGUGAAUCUUCCGGUGAGGCUAGUAGCAGCAUCGGCAGCGAGAAGCGACGCGAAGCUGCCGCAACGGACGAGCCGCUCCGACCUGUCAAGAUCUUGGAUGACGCGGACGGCGAGCCGGAGACUCCGGCCGAGCGUAAACGCAGAUUGGCAGCACUGGGAACAACUGCGGGCGACGAUAGUGAUGAUGAAGGAGACCCACGUGUACCACCCGUCAAGAGGGGCAUUCGAUUUGCCGAUGGCGCAGGCCAACGGCGAGGUGGAAGAUGA